AUGAAUCACCUCCCAAUCAUCACCGACCUUGGGGUCACGACCCUGGACCUGGCAGAGAACAACAUCAGUCUUAUUGCCUCGCGGGGUUUCUCUGGUCUUCCCAACCUGGAGAGUAUAGAUCUGAGCAAAAACCGACUUGAUGACGACUCACUCAGCCACCACCUCUUCUCUAAUCUGACCCGGCUGAGGAGGCUCAACCUCGAUGAUAACCAGCUGACACGGAUCCCCCUGCUGCCACAUUCACUGGGGGAGCUCACGAUGAAUGGCAACAAGAUCACCAGACUCACCCCUUACAGCUUCAAAGGUCUGUUCCAUCUGUUGUCUCUGGAGCUCGAGGAGAACCUUUUCCAUGACGGCAACGUGUCCCCUUUGACCUUCAAGCCGCUGAAGAGGGUCCAGUACCUGUGCUUGGACAUGAACAGGUUCCGCUCCCUCCCCCUCGGCCUGCCCCGCUCCCUACAGGAGCUGAGGAUGCGUGAUAACCAGUUACAGGAGGUACCAGAGGGGGUUCUGAGUGAAUUGGCCAAACUGAGAGUUUUAGACCUUAGCCACAACCUGCUGCAUGAGGGCAGCAUCUCAAACCGGGCCUGGGUCAAACUAACGUGA